GAUGUUAAGAUUGUCUUUUUAACAACAGUCCGCACUGAUGGUUGAAUGUCCCACAGAGAAUCAUGGUCCGUAACAGUAUUGAAAAGGUGGUGAAUACAAUCACGUAUUGCAAAUUUUCACGUACGGCGAAGAUGCUGUAAGAUGGGCACUUAGUUUUAUUUGCAAGUGCGAAGUUGUAUCAAGACGCUCAAGUUAUCUAUAUAGGCGGGUCGUUGAGUUCGGAAAUCGCAAGAGUUCAGUCGACAUGAUACUCUAAAUUCAGUGAUUGAGAAGACAGGAAUUAUCGCGGCCAGUCGGUCAAAAUCUCAAGAAUUCAUUUCACAAUCUUCCGUGAUCAGCCAAGAAUAUCUGUCACCUUCGCAACCUUAAAAAAUAAUACGCUUCACACAAAAUGGCGCCUCCGUCGACUCCAGUCUCUUCAUCCCCUCGAUCAUCGCCCUCACCACCAAGUGCGCCUCGCCCCAACAAAUUUCGAGAUGCCAUUCGACCUUCUUUCGAAAUGGAACAAAUCAUCAGAGAAUCCAACGAUCGUUAUCGUGGUGGUAUCAUUACUCUCAUCGCGGAAGACUUUGAAAAGAAGAUUGGAAGCAGGUUGAACGUGAAACCAAACUCAAAAACUGCAGUUUCGGCAGAUAGCCAGACACUGGUCGGUGUCCUUCCAGCUACUUCCAAGCCCAAAAAUCAACGUAUGAAGUUGACUACAGAUAGAAGGCAGAUAUUCUAUGAAUCGGCGGAGUGGCAUGCGUCUAAUGAUGGAUUUGUUGAGACAAGUGAGGCGGAGAAGGAAGCGGAGAAGAGGUUUUGGUCUUGAUUUGGUUUGCUUAUGUUAAUUACCACUUUGCUGAUCUAUUGCAACCAGAUUAAGUACCGAUGUUUAAGAUAGCAGGUAAAGAUGGUAGACGAUAUUGAGCUCCACUUCUCUGGAAAUUUUCAAUGAGGAAAAUGGUUUGCCCGAUGGCGGGAAACUAGGAAAUGGAAAAAGCGAGAACUCUGUCAGGUACCGUACUACGCUCCUCCAAAGCUAGUCUUGAUAACUACUAAAUAUUUUGACCUAAUUAUUAUCUUAUUUCUAUUGGAAGUUGACAACUUCAAAUUUGAGAUAUAAAUCACUCAUAGAGUUGGUGCCGAAUAUUGCGAUAUUUCCAUCACUAUUGAGCUGCACGUUGAUACUCCAAUAUAUAUUGGGCA